AUGACCGACGCAGCCGUUGAGGCCGCUCUGGCUUCCACGACUGAGGCCCCUGCUGCGCCUGCGCCAACCUUCGACGGAGAGAACAAGUUUCAACACGCGAUUUCAGCAUGGAGGACAAUCGAUCUCACGACCCUUGUCUCGAAUCUCGACAAUACGGCUUCAGACAUUGUCGCCUACCAAAGAGACUCAACCGUUCAGCGCAAAGAGUUGGCGCAAAAGACAAAGGAGUUUCGCAAACUCGAUGAUUCUUCCAAGUUGACAGAAAUCAAGGGCCUGUUAAAAUCCUACCAGACAUUCAUUGAUCUCCUUACGAAUCAUUCUAAGUCCGUAAACUCGGCUUUCCUCCAGACCUAUGCUUCAUUCUCCGAUGCCCCGGACCCAUACCCACUCCUCGAGGCCUCGGUCGAUUCGAUGCUACUCGCUGAGGAUACUUUACCAAAGAUAACGGAAGAGAACAAGCACCUGCAAGAAAAUGUCACAAACCUCACAACCCAAUUAGAAGAUGCCGAAUCGAAACUUCAGAAUGAACGAAAGACCCGAAAGGAUCUAGAGGAGAACCUCGAGAAACGUGUGAAAGAGGUCGAGACAUCAUGGAACGCUGUACUAGAAGAGAAGACGGACAACUGGGAGGCUAAGGAGAAGACAUUGGAGGACAAGCUGGAGAAACAAGAGCGCCUGUUGACUGAGAUGCGUGCGAGCUACGAAGUUAACCAGCGACUGGGCAAGAACGGUGAUGAACAGGAGGCUCAACGCAACCAAGUCUCAAGUGCUGAGCUUGAGAUGCUCCAUGCGGACUUGGAUCGUACAAGCGCUCGCCUUGCUGAGGUGGAGGCACGUAACGAGCAGAUGCGUCUGGAGCUUGCACAAGCCAAGUCAUCAGCACAGCAGCAACCUGAAACAAACCUCGAGGACGAUCCUGGUUAUAUGCGUGUGAGGUCUGAGAAUCAGUCCAUGAUCCGCAAGCUAGACGCUGCUCGUGUGGAGAAGGAAGGCCUCAAGCGUGAGUUGGAUGGUAAACUACGAUCUAUCGAGAGAGAAGUAAACGCUCUGAAGGAAGAGCGGGACACGUUGAAGACUAAGGUCCAAAAGUGGAGCGACUACGACGACAUAAAACAAGAACUUGAGGUUCUGAAGAGCAUUGAGUUCUCUACAGGCGAUGACGAUGAGGUGCGGGAGCAUCUUGAAACAAAGGACGCUGAGGGUAACUCUCUUGAGAAACUUCUUUUGGCACGAAACAAGAAGCUGGGUGAUGAGCUGACGGUCUUGCGUGUCUCGCACAACGACUUACAAAGCCGUCUGGAAGAUCUUCAAGAAGAACUUUCAAGAACAAACUCAGAAUUAGAGCGUUCUCAGAAGCUUAACCAGAAGCUGGAGAGCGAUUUGGAGACAAUCCAGGAGGAGGGAGCUAAUGCAUUCCCAUCUGGAGCUUCUGUUGCUGGAACAUAUGUCACUCGAGCAAUGGGACGUAAGAGUGGCAGGAUUUCGCCCACCUCAUCGAUCAUCAGCGGCAUGGAUCCUCGAAUGGGCGGUGGCGAACCCGGUGAACGAGUCUAUGGAGGUGGCUCAGGUAUGCUGCCAAUGGUUACAGCUCAGCGUGACCGCUAUAAGAAGAAGAAUUCAGAGUUGGAAGAGGAGCUGUCCAACACCCACCGGACAGUGUCACAGCUGCGCCAGGAGGUCGCGGCGCUGCAGAAGGACAACCUGAACCUAUACGAGAAGACACGAUACGUCUCAACAUACAACCGAGGAGGCGGCAAGGCAACAUCGUCGGCGUAUGGCGCAAAUCCCAACCCAUCAACAGUAUCGAUUGGUGAAACAGGAAACCCUGGAAUCGCCAUGGACAGGUACCGUCAGGCAUACGAGUCCAAUAUUUCGCCUUUUGCAGCUUUCCGCGGGCGAGAGUCUGCUCGAGCCUAUAAGCGGAUGAGUCUACCAGAACGGGCAAUCUACUCCUUGACCCGCACGGUACUUGCUUCGAGAACCAGCCGAAACCUGUUCGGAGCGUACUGCGUGGCACUCCAUUUGCUAGUAUUCAUGUCCUUGUACUGGAUGAGUUCGUCAGAUGUCCAGCGGGUAACCCACCUCGAGUCCGCCGCGGCAGCGGCAGCUGGAGUGGCCGGGGGCUCACUUGGCAGUCCAAUGGAUGGGGCGCCUAAAGAUCCCGCCAAGUAG